GGCGUCGCCGCCACCGCUCUCCCCUCGGCCGGGAGGAGCUACGGCUCCCAGGCGAAGGAAGAGGAGGAGCUGCGCGUCCGGUACCUGGAUGAUGAGCACAAAGGAAUUGUGGUGCUUGGAUUAAACAGAUCUCAUGCCAAGAAUGCACUUAGCAAAAAUCUUGUAAAAAUGAUGUCAAAAGCUGUGGAUGCUUUGAAAUCUGAUAAGAAAGUACGAACUGUUGUAUUCCGGAGUGAAGUCCCAGGGAUAUUCUGCGCUGGUGCUGACCUUAAGGAAAGGGCAAAAAUGCACUCAAGUGAAGUUAGCUCUUUUGUCUCCAGGGCAAGAGCAACUAUUAAUGAAUUGGCUAAUCUGCCUGUACCUACUAUUGCUGCAAUAGAUGGAACUGCUUUAGGUGGUGGCCUAGAACUUGCAUUAGCCUGUGAUAUACGGGUGGCAGCAUCUUCUGCUAAAAUGGGCCUAGUUGAAACAAAGUUGGCGAUCAUUCCAGGUGCAGGGGGGACACAAAGAUUACCUCGCACAAUUGGAGUGUCAUUGGCAAAAGAACUAAUCUUCUCUGCACGCAUUGUAGAUGGUGAGGAAGCAAAAUCAAUAGGAUUGAUUAGCCAUGUGGUAGAACAGAAUGAAGCAGGGGAUGCUGCAUACAGAAGAGCAUUAGCUCUGGCAAGAGAAUUCUUACCUCAGGGACCAGUAGCAAUGAGAGUUGCAAAACUGGCUAUCAAUCAGGGAAUGGAGGUUGACUUAGUAACAGGUUUAGCGAUUGAAGAAGCUUGUUAUGCUCAGACUAUCCCAACAAAAGAUAGAAUUGAAGGCCUUCUUGCAUUUAAGGAGAAGAGACCUCCUCGCUACAAGGGAGAAUAAAAGAAUCUGAUGCCUUUAAAAUACAGGGGGAUAAAAGUACUUCUAUGAGGACCAUUAAGGUGCACUUUGCAUCUGCACCUGAAAUAUCACAAUCACCAAAGUAACAGCAAAUCAUACAGAUGUUACAACAUUUUGAAUGUGUCCAUAUUUACACAAAGCCAAGACAGAAAUGUGUGUCAGGUCAUGCUCAUUACAGUUUCUGAUGGUUGAUCUGUGUAUUGGCAAAGUCACAGGUUCAUGCAGCAUUUUAAAAAUUUCACAUGUAUGAAACAUACCAUUCCACAAUUGAAAAAGCUCUGUAAUUCUUUACAUAGACAAAAUGUAUCUGUGAUGUUAAGCAUAAAUCUGCUAUAUCAUUUUAUUAAAACAAAAGCAACUACUGAACACCAAAAAGAAGAAAUUGUACCAAAUAUGCAUUUAAAUUAUUCUGCAUAUCAGUAAAAAUUAUAUUUGAGUAUUCUAUCAGAAUAUCUAUAUUAUUAAUAAAGCUGGGGGAAAUGAAAAGGAUUAUAAUUCAGAAAAUGUUAAGCUUUGUUUAUCUUACUUACUAAGCAACAUGAAAUUCACUUUAGCACUUAAUGGUGUCCUUUUGAUAAAGUUGUUGCCAUUAUAUUAAUUUAAUUGUAUUAAAUGAUGACAUUUUUGAGGCCAGCCUUUAAUUAUACAUUCUUGUAUGUUAAACCUGUCUUUGUCCUGCUUUUUUCCAACAUAUCAUCUGAUCAGCACUGUAAUGGAAUUUUAUUUCACUUGUUGCAGUUAUUUUAAAUUUUUGAUGAUUGUAUUAAAGAUGGCUGUGCGGGGAUAUGACCAAUGUGCUGUAAUAGAACCUAGAAUUAUCUUAAUCUCCAGAAUAUUCCUUUUGCAAGUUUUAUGAAUGUAUAUUUAUAUACAACAGGGAUGAUGUUAAAAGGUUCUUUAUUUUGUGGUGGCCUCAGAGUUCUUUUCAUACAUUGCAAGAGAAAUGCAGUAGGUUUCAAGGUAAGAAAACUUGUGAUUCAUACUGUGUAUUUGCAGUGGACACAGCAUAUACAGAAAAUGUCUGGAAAUAACCUUGUAGAAAGUAUUUUUGUUAAUUUGACUGGAAAAUAAACAUGGCUUAGCAGUCCAA